AUGCUGCGAUCUCUUGUUCUCGCUGCCCUUAUGGGCGUCAGCUCUGUCGCUGCUGUCAAGUGUACGCGCAGCAGCCACUGUCCCGAGGAGUCUCCUUGUUGCUCCACCUAUGGCGAGUGUGGUGUCGGCGCUUACUGCCUUGGUGGUUGCGACCCUACAAUGUCCUUCUCUCUCAAAUCUUGUGUUCCUGCUCCAGUCUGCCAGGAUCGCAAGAUGAAGAUGAACUCUCUUGACAAGAUCGUUGACAUCGGCAAGUACCUGGGUGACUCUGAUAAGGCCGACUGGGUUGCGCAGGGUGAGCCUGUUGUUUUCAAUGACAACGUUCUUCUUACCAUGCCCAAGGACAGUGUCGGUACUCUUCUGUCUUCCACCGUCUACAUGUGGUAUGGUAAUGUCAAGGCUCGUUUCAAGACUAGCCGUGGCGCUGGUGUUAUCACUGCCUUCAUUCUCUUCUCUGAUGUCAAGGAUGAGAUCGAUUACGAGUUUGUUGGCACUGAACUCGGCGAUGCGCAGACAAAUUAUUAUUUCCAGGGAAUCACCAACUACGAGAACUCAGAAAACAUCACACUCUCUGAUACCUUUGCCAACUUCCACGACUACGAAAUCCGAUGGACUCCUGACAAGAUCGAGUGGUGGGUUGAUGGCAAGAUGGGUCGAUCCUUGAACAAGAAGGAUACCUGGAACGACACCUCCAAGAACUUCAUGUUCCCCCAGACACCCUCCCGAGUUCAGCUUUCACUAUGGCCUGGUGGUAAGGAGGGUAACGCUGAGGGCACUGUCUCUUGGGCAGGAGGCCCUAUCGACUGGAACCAUCCUGAUAUUGAGAAGAGCGGUUACUACUAUUCUGCUUUUUCUGAUGUCGAGAUUGAAUGCUACAAUGCCAAGUCUGCUCCUGGCACUAACAACGGAAAGAGUUACUGGUACAACAAUGAGGCUGGUACCAACGACACCAUCGUUGACGGUGACAAGCGUCAUACCAUUGCUUCUCUGAUGGCUUCCGGUGAGGAUAUGGAUAAGGGAAAGAAGGCAGACAAGAAGAAGGAGGACAAGGACGAUGACAAAGACAAGGACAAGAAGAAGGAUGACGAUGACGACGACGAUGAUGAGCCUGCUACUAUUCCCGGUGGCUCUAAUGGCGCCCCGGCUAACGACCACAGCGACGGAUCGGACAGUAGCUCUGGCUCAGGCUCUGGCUCUGGCAGCGCCCCUAAGGGUAACCCCGAGGGUGACGAUGAUACUGAGCCCGCUGACACCACCAACUGUGAUACCAGCAGCUUCAACCAAGAAUGCGGCGGCAAGUCAGGCUCCAAGAGCGCUUCCCAGGAAGGCGGUUCCAGCGCCGGCUCAAGGAAUGGUGCGAGUGCGUUGGCCAUCAUCAUUGCAGGCGGAGCCCUGUUCUGGCUGUAG